UCUGAGAAUGAACAGGAGACGGAUUAUCAGCUCCUGCUGCCCCUCGCUCCACCCUAGGCGGCCCCCACAACGCUCCGGGCAAGAGGAGGGACUUUCCGCCUCCUUUCGCCUUUUUCAGAGGCGGGAGGCUGGGCUGCAGCAGAGUUUUAACCGAGUUGGAACAAGGUUUCCACAGGAGUCAGAGCUGGGAGUUCGCAGCGGCCAGCUGUUCCAGACGGGACGGGAGGGAUCCCUGCCCGGGAAGGAUGCAAUUGGAGUAUCCCAUCCCUGCCUCCUCUCUGCGCAUCCUGCCUCCCGUCUGUGACCAAGGAGGCUGCGGCAACCUGGGGAUGGUGCUAGCCCCAUGCCCCAACUCAGAGCCACCCCAGAGCAGUGGGCCGAGUGCUGGCAGCGGGGCCCCCUCCCAGAUGGGCGAGGCCACCAAACCCCCCUACAGCUACAUCGCCCUCAUCACCAUGGCCAUCCAGAGCACCCCGGAGAAGAGGAUCACCCUGAGCGGCAUCUACCGGUACAUCAUGGGCCGCUUCACCUUCUACCGGGACAACAAGCAGGGCUGGCAGAACAGCAUCCGCCACAACCUCUCGCUCAACGAGUGCUUCGUCAAGGUGCCCCGGGACGACAAGAAACCUGGCAAGGGCAACUACUGGACCCUGGACCCCGACUGCUACAACAUGUUCGAGAACGGCAGCUUCCUGCGCCGCCGGCGCCGCUUCACCAGGAAGCGCGGCCUGCGGGACACGCCGGAGGGCGAGGCGGAGGGGGCGCGGAAGAAACAGCCCAAGUACCGGGCCCGGCAGCACCCCCAGCCCUUGGCCCUCUUGGCCGAGGGGAUCAAGACAGAGAGCAGCUACCCCUCGCCGGCUCCCGCCAGCCAGCUGCUCAGCUCGUGCGGGGGACGGACAGGAGCGGGACAGGCGCUGACCUUGGAGGGCCAAGUGGGUACCAAGGAGUGUGGCCAGGGCAGCAAGGAACCCAGCAUCCAUUGCCCAGAGCAGCCGGGCCAGGCCAGCCUGCUGACCCCUAGGAAGUACCUGCAGAAACCCAGACAGGCGUGUCUGUACCCUCUGGAGGGGCCGGAGCCCAAACCCCAGCUCUUUGAGAAGCAGCCCUGCUACCCAGGCCUCGAGGGGCGCCUGCCGGAGACCCAGGGGCAAGAUCCCCCCCGGCUGAAGGAGACUGUCUUUGGGGGGCUUCAGCCCCCCAUCCAGAUAGCUCAGCCCCCGUAUACUGCCCCGGGGGAGCGAGUGACCCAGCAGCACCCCCAGCUGACCAGGGACAUCAAGGAACCGCCUCAAGCCACACCAGCCCCGACCGUGCCUCCCGACAGUGAACUGGAGGGUAAGGAGCCUGCAGCGUGCACCAUGGGGCUGUCCCAGCCGUUCAGCCAGGUGGCCCCCGUGUUCCCAGCCCUGCUGGGGCCCAGCAAGCCCUCGCUGCCCUGCAGCCGGCAGCCCUCGCCAGCCUGCUUCCCCUCCUUCGAAGGCGACGGCUAUAUCAAGCCGACACUGCCCGUCUUCAGCUCCUUCGGCUGCUCGGGCUCUGACAGCUUGAGCGGGAACUACCAGUGCCGGGUGCAGGCGCUGAGCUUCUGCAUGAACGAGAGGGCAUGCAACUCGGCCCUGGAGCACCUCCUGACAGCGUCACCAAGCGCAGCUCCCGUGACCCCCAUCCAGCCGCCCCCCUUCAGACCUGCCGUCCAGCUGCAGGGGGAGCAGAAGGAGUCGUGGGCUGGGAGCCCGUUCUCCCUGCCAGGAGGGAAUGGUUACCAGCUGGGACUCCCCCACUGUCUCUACAGGACACCUGGCAUGUUCUUCUUUGAGUGACAGGCCCUGCCCAGGCCAGACUGUGCCCUCACAGCCUCUCUUGCUGCCCACCGCUGUGCCCAGGACACCCCUGGCCAUUCCACCUGCCCUUCGGAGAGCUGACUCCAAGGAAGGGACUCGCCAUGUAAGUUAUUCUCUCCUGCUGCUUCCUGCCCAGUGGUGACUGCCUGAUGGAGCUAAGAGGGACCCGGGCUCCGAGGGGAAAUCACUUUGGGUACCGUACCACCCGCUGCCAGCGUCCUUUUGCCAUGGCUGUUAUCCCACCAAACUAGAACCCUGCGUGGGAGCCAGGGGCUGAAUGGAACUGUGUCCUGGCUAGUGGAAUAAAACGCAUCCCCCAGCUG